AUGAGCAUGGAACAGGUCCACGCGUUUACCCGCGCUCCGGUAACUCCUGUGUCGCUGCUCAAGGCCUCGGGUAUCGUCAAGUCUUUCGGCGGCAACCGCGCCCUGAACGGCGUUUCGCUGGAAGUCUGCCAGAACGAGAUCAUGGCGCUGGUCGGUGACAACGGUGCCGGCAAGUCGACUUUGGUGAAGAUCCUGUCCGGCGCCGAAGUGCCGGACGAAGGCACCAUCCAUGUCAGCGGCCAGCUGGCCGACAUCCAGAGCCCGCACGACGCGCACGAUCUCGGAAUCGCCACGCUGCACCAGAACCUGGGCCUGGUGGACUGCUUCGACGUCCCGCAGAACGUGUUCCUCGGCCGCGAGCUGUCGACCAAAAUCCUGGGCGUGCUGCCGUUGCUGCGGCGCGCCGAGAUGGUCGAGCGCACCAGGGCGCUGCUGCGCGAACUCGACAUCCGCAUGCCCUAUCUCGACCGGCCGGUCAGCACCAUGUCGGGCGGCCAGCGCCAGGCGGUGGCGAUCAGCCGCCUGCUGCUGGGCGACAUCAAGCUGAUCAUCAUGGACGAGCCAAUGGCGGCGCUGGGCGUGCACGAGGGCCAGAAGGUGCUCGACCUGAUCCAGCGCCUGUCCCAGCGCGGCAUCUCGUUCCUGAUCGUCAGCCACAACAUGGAGCAUGUCAUGAGCAUCUCCAAUCGAGUAGGCCGUACUCAAAAAUGGAAAUCUGGUCGGCGUCGUGCCGACGGAGGGGACAACCCGCCAGGACAUCACGUCGAUGAUCAUCCAUGGGCGGGUUUAGGGGAGCCAUUAUCUCGCAACGAGAUAUAG